AACGAAAUGAAUGUGGCGAUCGGUGUGAGGAUUACUUGAAUGCCGUUUUCGCGCUCGUAGACACAAAUAUUUAUUAUACUUUACAGUGCACUCCGACGUUAUUAUAAUUCUCUGAGGUCCAAAAUCAACUAUGUUGCCAAAUACAAUUAGUCAGGAUCGCGGCAAGGAUUGGACCAGUCUCCAUGAGGCUGCCGCUAAUGGCAAUGAAGAAAUGAUAAAGACGCUGCUUGCCGGGAAUUCGGAUACCGCUGCAAAGGAAGCCAAAUUAGGAAACACACCACUGCAUGAAGUGGCUUCGCGCGGUUUCAGUCGCUCGGUGAAAUUGCUUUGCACACCCAAAGUGACCACCAAAUCGACCUCGAAGAGCAAGCAAAAGAAUGAACCACCUAAACCAAAUCGGGGGACUGUACAAAAUCCAAUGCUGAGCAUACAGAAUUUUGCCGGUUUCACUGCCUUACAUUUAGCUGCACAAAAUGGCCACAACCAGAGCUGUAGGGAAUUACUUUUGGCUGGCGCCAAUCCAGAUGUUGAGAAUUAUUAUGGCGACACAGCUCUGCACACAGCCUGUCGAUAUGGGCAUGCAGGCGCUGCACGCAUACUCAUUUCUGCCUUCUGCGAUGUGAACAAGAAAAAUCUCAAUGGGGAUACUCCGCUGCAUAUCACCAGUGCUAUGGGUAGGCACAAAUUGUCACGCAUACUUUUGGAGGCGGAAUGCGAAAUUAAUUCACGUAACUCACAAUGUGAGACGCCGCGCGACAUAGCGAUACGUAAGGGUUUCGGUAAAAUAUUAGAUAUUUUAGAUAAUCCGCAUCGCAUACGUAACAAGAAAAGUAAACCGCCAGCGGGUGAGGAGGACAAAACGAAAGCUGGGCCAUGUACAGCAAAGUCACAUUCGAAUGAGGUGAGUUGGUCACCUUAUGGCUGUCAUUAUUUCCCCGAUAUGCGCGCCUUUCCAUCACCCAAGCUGGAAACGUUACCCAAAGAACCACUGAAGCGCGGUGAGCAGUACUAUUUGGACCUCGCCGGACACAUACGCAAGGGGCCGAUCGGCAUAGGAAAUAUCUGUUAUUGUGGACCUUUCUUCAAGCAUAUCGAGGAUAAAAUCAAUUCAAAUAAGCGACAUUUGCGAAAAUACGUGCACAAUGCCAAGGAGCAUUUAGAUGACAAAGUGCAGGCGUUGGCAGCGCGCACAAACCAUCAAAUUGAGAAGCUGACACGCACCAUGAUCGCUGAUCGUGUAGAAUGCGAGAAUAGACGUAUUUACUUGGAGAACUACUUGAAACGUGGCGAUCCUUUGCGGCUAACAACUGACGUCAUCUCGAAGGGGAAAGAAGCACGAGAAAUGCUCGAUACGUUGAAACGUUGUCGAAGUCUAGAGUUUCUCGAAAAGGUCGAUAUGUUGGAGGGUAAAAUGGCGAACUCGCGAAGUUUCGAUUUGCUCGACGCCAACGCAAACGAAGCAACUGGUUUGCUUCACAGAGACGAAGUGAAAUGUUGCCCACACUCCACGGAUAUGCAAAAUCAAUUAAGCGAAGAUUCGAACAAUGAAUUCUACGAUGUGUCGAAGCGUUUGGGCAGCUUGCUUGCAAAGACUAGCACAUUUUUGAAAGUACCUGCGCAUAAUGAACAAGACUACGAACAGUCGCCGGAAAAGUUAAAAACUCCCGCCUUGGAUAUAGACACAGGUGAUGGAGCGCUUUGUGCGCGAGUGCAAAAUAUGCAUUUGAGUCCGUCGAACAGCGAGGCAUCUAAUGUCACUCCAGCGCAAAUGAGUUCCGAAACUGGGGUCGUCUCGAGCCCCGAUUAUAAUUGCAAUUUCCAGCUAACACAUGCCGCAGCAAAACGCAAAGCGAUUGCUGCGAUGCCAGAAGAAGAGACCACAGCCUCGUCAACGGCGUCACCGCUCGAUCGGCAACACAGAGAUAAACCGAUUACCGAACGACAGCUAGAGUAUUUGUAUGACAUACAGAAGCGUGGCAGUGUCAUACAGAAUGUGAUAAGCGCAUUACGUAAGAGUCACCAAAGAGCCGAUACCUUGGCGGAUGUGAAGACGCGCAAUGAAUCGGAGUACACACAGGAGGAUAAGCUGCGCUACAAAGAUGAGCUAUUUCAAGUGCAUCGCUUGGCCGAAAGCGACAGUAAAGAGGAGGCAAUGUUGAAAGAAAUUGGGCUACCGCUUGAAAACACGAUCGGCAGAGAACCACACAACCUCGUCAAGACGUCGGCAUUUGAGUUGAAAAAUCGCGAUUACACCGAUAUUCCAAAUUUGCAAACACAACGUGGCCGCUUGACAACGCCAGCGUACAUCAAACAAGGCACACCUGUGACGCACUAUCAGAAUUCCUCGUACACUGAAAGUCAUCCGGGCGAAGAAUGCUUGGACUCUUUGGAGAUCGUGCAACAGCAACCGCAGCUUGAAAGUGCACAUGACUCACCAGUGUAUGCGCAACAAAUUUUUGAAGGCAAGCCGGCGGUGGCGCGUGGCUCAACGCCCUCACAUGCCACCGACUCACCAGAUUCACAGAAUUACGUAUUCCAAACCAACUAUUGGCCGGAACGAUAUGUGCCAAAAGAUGCCUACUUUCACGACUUGUCCCAGCGCAAGUGUAGAAUGGCACCGCCAAGUGCCGUCCAAACAACAACAACAGUAGAUGAGAUUUCCGGCUAUACGAAUGCAUUGCCAAAAUUCAAUGUCGCUAACGCCGUCAAAAGCAUAGAAAAUCUGAAUGGCCAAGUACAAGCGAAUACUUACAUACGAGAUCCCACAGUUAGAAGUAGCAUAAAUUCGAAAUCCCACUUGGUGCCGGUAGCAAUCAAGACAAGCCAAAGCCUGGUGCCUGGUAGGGUCCAUUCAAGUCAAAGCGGAUGUGCGGAAUGCACCGACGCGGUUUGCAGUGAAAAUUGUGCUUACAGCGAACAAGUUGGCACGGUUAGAGGCGCACAGGCUCAACAAAUGAAUCAUGUGGAGGGACAGCGCGUCUCGCAUGCCACUGAGGCGGGCACUUUUGGAAUGACUACACAACCAAGCGGCUUAAGUGAAACGGGCAUUGUUACAAAAGCAGCAGUGCACAAUGGCGGGCACUACGGCUACAGUCGAGACGAAACUGGUGCACUCGGCGCCAAGACCAGGUUACCUGCGACGGGUUACUAUGCGAGCAAUGUGUCUAGCUUGGUUUGACUUUUAUUGCAAUUAAGGCUUUAGUGUUAAUGUAAAUAGGAAUUAAGUUUUGUAAAUGUGUGUGUGUACAUAUGGAAGCGUGACUUUAUAGAAAUGUAAAUUUAGUUAGUCACAGACUGGACUC